AUGAUAGUCUGGGUGCAACUUCCUGCUCUGAAAAUUCAUUUCUAUCAUAGAGAGAUCCUGACCAGCCUGGGGAACCUUAUUGGAAGAACAAUCAAGCUUGACUACCACACCCUCACACAGCAGCGUGCAAAAUUCGCUCGACUAGCGGUCGAGGUCGACUUGACAAAACACCUGGUGCCCCGGAUUUGGUUGGACGAUGAAUGGCAGAAAGUGGAAUACGAGAAUCUAUCAGAGGCUGUGGCUUCAAAUGCGGGAAGAUCGGGCAUGACCGGAGGUCUUUGCCCGGAUAAUCAACCAGCGCCUAUAUUGGCCUUGCCGGCAAUUCGAGAGUCUCUUUCCAACUUGACGAUCUCACUGGAGUCGGCGUCAGCAACGUCGUCGGCGUCAGCAACGUCGUCGUCGGACAGCAAUCCGGGUUUUGGGCCAUGGAUGCUGGUGACUAGGAAAAGCCGGCGAAAUUCGAGGGAAGCUCCUAGAAAGGAAAGUUAG